AGCCCGCUGCCUGCAGCCACGACACGGGUGAGGAGGUUCAUGCAGGAGCGACGGACGCUGCCAUUACCCAGGGUGAUGGUGGUGUUCUCGGCCGCGGGGGACACCGACAAACCGGGGGAUGCUAUGUCCAGCUCGGACUCUGCGGAGGACGAUUACCGUAAGCCAGCCUCCCCGACUCCGAGCCUCACCCUGAGCAAGCCGCUCCGCUCCGAGCUGGGCACUCAGGAGCAGGAGUUUCCAGAGGUCAUCUCUCUGAACGUGGGCGGCACGUACUUCACCACACGCCUGUCUACGCUGCGGCGGUACGAGGACACCAUGUUGGCCGCCAUGUUCAGUGGGCGUCACUACAUCCCCCGCGACGCAGAGGGACGCUUCUUCAUCGAUCGUGACGGAGCGCAUUUUGGGGACAUCCUGAACUUCCUGCGAGAAGGUGAACUUCCUCACAGGGACCGUGUGAGAGCAGUGCACAGAGAGGCUCAGUAUUACUCCAUCGGCCCCCUGCUGGACAGCCUGGAGGACACGCAGCCACUCACGGGAGAGAAAGUCCGACAAGCUUUCCUCGAUUUGCUGCCCUACUACAGAGACAAUCUGGAGCGUAUUGUGGAGAUUGCCAAACUGAGGGCGAUGCAGAAAAAGGCACGCUUUGCCAAGCUAAAGAUCUGCGUCUACAAGGAGGAGAUGCCCAUCACGCCAUACGAGCGUCCUCUUUUUAACUCUCUGCGCUUCGAGCGCUCGGACAGCGAGGCCAAGCUCUUUGAGCAUCACUGCGAGGUGGACGUUUCUUUUGGACCUUGGGAGGCGGUGGCAGACGUUUAUGAUCUUCUACACUGCAUUGUCAGUGACCUGGCCGAGCGCGGCAUCACUGCCGAGCAGCAGUGCAUCGGUGUCUGUGACAAGCACCUUAUCAACCAUUACUACUGCAAGAGGCCCAUCUAUGAGUUCAAGAUCACAUGGUGGUGA